CACCGAUCAAUGGAAAGAGCCAAAGAUGUCAGCUCAGUCAUUGCCACCUGUCAGUGCCCAUCAAUGCCAGCUUUCAGUGCUCAUCAAUGCCACCUGCCAGUGCCCAUCAGUGCCUCAUCAAUGCCACAUAUCAGUGCCUACCAGUGCACAUCAAUGCCACAUAUCAGUGCCCAUCUGAGCUGCCUAUAAGUGUCACAUAUCAGUGCCAGUCAGUGCCACCUAUCAAUGCCAGUCAAUGCCACCUAUCAGUGCCAGUCAAUGCCGCCUAUCAGUGCCAGUCGGUGCCGCUUAUCAGUGCCACCUAUCAAUGCCAUAUAUGAGUGCUGCCUUUCAGUGCCCAUCAGUGUUGCCUGUCAAUGCCCAUUAGUGCCACCUACUAG